GAAGCCGCUAGUCGGACACGAAAUCUGCUCCCGUGUUGUUGUGCACGGCGCUGCGCGAUGUCCCGGAGCCGGGCGCCCCGGAGCUCGGAGCAGCUGCUGCGGAACUGAGCGGCAGGAUGCCGGGCUCCGCGCUGCAGUUCCUCGCCUCUCAUGGCCGCCAGACCCUGGGCCGCUGGAUGCACGGCCGGGCGGACAGUGUGCUCACCUGCUCCGAGUUGGGAGAAGAUGAGCGGCCGCUGAUGCACGCGCCCCCGCCGCACGAGGGCGCCUCUGCCGGCGGGGGGGAUCCGUGGGGCUGCCCGGGGGCGUGCUGGUGCCGGAGCCUGGUGCUGCUGUGCGCGGUGGGCGCCGUGUGCUGCGUCUCCCUGGCGCUGGCCCGCCACUACCUGAAGGACCUGCUGGUGUGGGUGGAGAGCCUGGACAGCGUGGUCGGGGUGCUGCUCUUCAUCGUCGGCUUCAUCCUCGUCUCCCUGCCCUGCGUCUGGGGCUACAUCGUCCUCAACGUGGCCGCCGGCUACCUGUACGGCCUGGUGCUGGGGAUCGGGCUGGUCAUCGUCGGGGUGCUGAUCGGCACCUUCAUCGCCCACCUCGUCUGCAAGAAGCUGCUCACCCACUGGGUGCUGGCGAAGAUCGAGAGCAGCCAGAGGCUGGGAGCCGUCAUCAGGGUGGUGGAGGGGGGCAGCGGGCUCAAGGUGGUGGCCCUGGCCAGGCUCACCCCCAUUCCUUUCGGCCUCCAGAAUGCUGUCUUCUCGAUUACAGAUCUCUCAUUACCCAACUACCUUGCGGCAUCUUCAGUGGGCCUGUUCCCAACCCAGCUCUUGAAUUCCUACUUGGGAACAACUUUACGUACGAUGGAGGAUGUCAUUGCGGAACAAAGUGUUAGUGGAUACUUCAUAUUCAGCUUACAGAUUGUAAUAAGCAUAGCGCUUAUGUUCUAUGUUGUUCACCGGGCCCAAGUUGAGCUGAAUGCAGCUAUUUUGGCUUGUGAAAUGGAGCUGAAGACCUCUCUGAAGGACAGUCAGCUCAACGGCGGCAGCUCUCUAUUCUGCGGCAAAAGAACCUUGUUAUCUAUGGGUGGGAUCAACAUCGUAUGAUUUCUGCUUGAGUCGUGCAGCCUUUGUUAUUGCCAAGACUCCAGUGACUUUCUCUUCGUUGAAGGAAGAUUUUGGGCUCCUCCAGAACUUUCCAAAUGAACCUUAAGUGGUUUUUCCUUUUUCAAGGAUGCCCACCCGGAUCUCCAUGUUGGCAGCAUCUUUUUGAUCUUCACAAUCUCUGUGUGCCAUGGCAUAUACAAUGCACUUUUCCUGCACAGCUCUUAAGAACAAUUGACAUGGCAUAUUUAUUUAUUAAUGCACAUUGCAAUUUCUUACAAAAUUAAGAAAAUCGUGUAAAAAAAAAAAAAAUGCUAAAUUGUAUUUAUGAUUUCAAGUUUUUUGUUUUUAAAGUAUUUUUAGAGGAUUAUCCCACCUGAAAUAAAGGGUGAAUCCUAGAAAACUUCUACAGAAAUCUGUACAUAAGUCAAAGGACAGCUUUUUGCAACAUUAUUUUUAUAUUGUCCCAAUACAUCGAACGACUUUGCAGCUUCUUUGUGCCCCUGCUCUAAUACAGACGGAUGUGUCGCUAUGGUAACAGACUAAUAACAAACCCUGUGUAGUCGGAUCCCGCUGUCACGCUCCCAUUCAGCUGUCCCUACUUCUUUCUAUCAUACAUUUAGUAGGUUAGCAAGAAGUAAAAAAGAUACAGAAGAUCAGUGUACACUACAUUUGCUUGUAGUCUUUUACCAUGGAGAUUCAUUGGUCCGCAUAAGAAUUAGACAGAAAAAAUAUUUUUUUAAUGAUUUGCAAAGCUGCUUUAAAGGGGUAUUCCCAUCACAGACAGUGGGGGCAUAUCGCUAGGAUAUGCCCCCCAUUGUCUGAUAGGUGC